AUGCCGAGCAAACCGCCGCCGACACAGUCACCGACAGUGCAGUUAUCUCUCAAGGAAAAAGAGAUUCUCAAAGUUAUUCUUGAGUUUUUGGAAAUAAGAGGACUACAUAUUACACAGCUUUCACUAGAAAGAGAAACGGGUGUGAUAAACGGUAAGUAUUCGGAUGAUCUCCUAUUCCUGCGACAAUUGAUUCUUGACGGACAAUGGGAUAAUGCGUUAGAUUUUGUCGAACCGCUCAAAAGCGUACAAGAUUUUGAUUUUAGACAAUUCAGAUAUUUAGUCACAAAAUAUAAAUUUUUCGAAUUGUUAUGCGUGAAAUUGGAGCCGGGACCGCUGCAUGACAAUGAUUUCGCUGUAGAGGAGCUUGUGGAAUGUCUCAAAGACCUUGAGCACAUUUGCCCUACACCCGAAGACUAUCGACAGCUUUGUGCCUUACUCACACUCCCAAAAUUAUCCGACCAUGCUGAUUUCAAAAACUGGAACCCUUCAUCGGCUAGAGUGGAGUGCUUUCACAAGAUCCAAGCACUCGUAGUCCAUCUGCUCCCACCUACAGGAAAAGACAAAGAACGUCAGGACGAACACCAUUCUAACCAUGAUCGCCUGAUCUCUCUCGUAGCAAAAGGAGUUUUCUACGAAGGAUGCGUGGACUACUGUCAAGCACAGGCCAUAGGUGAUAUGAAAGGUAUCGAAAAUGGACCCCACCCUACAGACAUUUUGGCGAACAGGCCACGGUUAUCAUCAACUGACUUGUCACUGAUAUCCUGGUUAGAAAUGGUUGGAAGAGAGCAGUUUGCAAUGCCGUUUCAGCAGAAGCAACUCGACCUGAAGGUGGAACAUCUGAAAAAGCCAAAGCUAGAAGCACAAUGGACGGAAACUAUCCUAUCUACGCCUAUGAAACCAGGUGGACAAUUCCCACAUUCCAUGGUGCCCAACGCCAAGCUCAAAUUCGCUGAAAAAAUGAGUCAGUCGAUGACGAUGCUUCCAUUGAGUACAAGCAUGAGUACAAGUGCUUUUCCUUCUGCUGGGCGACUGCAGCCGAUGUCUCAAUCCACAGCUCCUGGGUUCUGUUUGGGGAUAGGUGAUGCCGGAAGCGAAGCUAUGGCACAAAGCCAACUAAUUGAUACCUUGAUGGAAUCCAGCGUGUUGACGAAAAGUAGUCGCCCUGAUAUGCAAAGAAGUACAAUGAUGCUUAAUCCCAUGACUAGCUCAGUUGCUCCACAAGUGGUGGGACCCGCUAUGGCUCAAAGCUAUGUAAACGGAGUGUAUGACUUCACACCAGUUCGUCGGCAACUGGAUGAAAUGACACGACGGUCUUUGCCGCCACCUUCAUCACAGAGACAGUCAUCACUUCCACCAGUGCCUGAAUUAUCCACACCCACAAAUGAAAAUCCUAUGAUGCAAAGUCGCCUUUUCCAGGAAUUCUCCAGCAAGCAGAGGAUUUCUGAUGCCGUACCGCUCAGACAAAGGCAGCUGUCGGCUCCUACAACCUACCCAAUUCCCUAUGACAGCACAACAUCGCUUUACUCAAAUGGACAAGUGCCGGUGCAAAUGCCAGCGCCUAUUCCUUCUUCGUUCCCAGCUUCUAUGGGGCCGAUAGUCCAUCAUGGAUCCCCAAGACCUCAUUCCGCAGUCGGUGGCCCGACAGUGGUUUCAAAACCCAUGUCUCCGGCUACUAUGCCGCCGAGACCAAUGUCAAUGCCACCGAAUGGGACAUCCGGGUCUCCAGUACAGUUCGAACCAGUAUGCAGGUAUGAAGAUUCCCAAGCAAUUCGAGCUGUAGCGUUCCAUCCGACUGGCCGUUAUUUCGCCGUAGGAACAAACUCAAAGCAACUUCAUAUAUGUAAAUAUCCUGAUAUAAGGAAAUUGACCAUUUCGGACCAGAUCCGGCAUCCUGAAAUUCUGCUCUCUCGCCCUAAGCAGCAUCGAGGGUCGGUUUACUGUCUAACUUUCAAUCCAACGGGAGAUCUGCUGGCGACUGGCUCCAACGACAAAACUCUAAGACUUAUGGCGUUUAGUUCGGACAUUUGUAAAAUUGGUGCUGAGAUGGAAUUCGGUUUUCAUGAUGGUACUAUAAGAGAUGUUGUCUUUCUCGAGGAUAGUGCAAACAGGACCUCCAUAUUGGUGAGCGGCGGGGCGGGAAACUGCCAGCUGCAUGUUACUGAUUGUCAUACGGGUCAACUGAUACAGUCAAUGCGUGGUCACAACGCACCAAUUCUUGGUCUCUUCACCUGGAACAGCGGCCCUCUAUUCGUCUCAUGUUCUCAGGACAAAACGAUCAGGUUCUGGGAUGUGCGAACAACACAAGCAGUGAAUGUAAUACAACCAACAAGCAAAACUCACAGUGCACCAGUAACUUCUGUUUGUGUGGAUCCUUCUGGGCAAUUACUCGUAUCCGGUCAUGAAGACGCUUCGGUAGCGCUCUAUGACAUUACAGGGGGACGAAUUUUGCAGACGUACAGGCCCCAUGGCGAUGAAGUGAGGACGGUACGAUUCAGCAAUGCCGCGUACUAUCUUCUUUCAGCAAGCUACGACAAAAGAAUGGUGAUCACGGAUAUGAGAGGAGAUCUUAUGGCACCUUUAAUUUAUUUGCCAGUAGCUGAACAUUCUGACAAAGUGAUUCAGUGUCGGUGGCAUCCAUUCGAUUUUUCGUUCCUGUCAACAAGUGCAGAUAGAACUGCGGUACUGUGGGCUCUUCCUCCACCACCUCGAUACUAA